CAAUUAGAGGCAAUUCAACGUUCGGUGAGUUCUUGCAGAUUGGAUCGAGAGCGAUCGAAUGCGGGAUCUUCUCGUAAGGAUCUUGAGGAUAUAACCCUCGCGGUAAGCUUGUUUCCUCGCAGGUGGUGAUUUUGACCCCAUCUUUUGUCGCCACGCCGAACAGUCAAGAUGCCCACCGAAGCAGAGGCGAUCGCUGAGGCGGCCGAGGGGCCUGCCUUCAUCGGUAUCUUCAUCAAUGUUAUGCUAUACGGGGCUAUGCUCACCCAGACGUUCUUCUAUUAUUCGACCUAUAAAACUGAUCCUAGGUGGAUGAAGAUCUACGUGUGCGUACUGUUUCUUGCGGACACGGUCAACACGAUCUUCAACUGUGCUUGGAUUUAUGGGGUUCUCAUCAAUAACUUUGGGAAUGAGGAAGCCCUGGGUGUCGGAAAUUGGCUUUUCCAGACAGACCAAGCAAUGACUGGCAUCAUCUCGAUGCAAGUCCAGUUCUUCUACGCCUGGCGGAUCAACAGGCUGACUGGGAACAAGCUUCUGGUCGCGUCGGUCCUAAUACCGUCAGUAGUGGGUGGCCUGUCGGGAAUAGGCACAGCAAUUGGCGUCGGUAUUCUGCCCCAACUUGCUGGUUUGCAGCGUUUGACGGUUGUUGUGUCCCUCUGGCUGGCUGGCUCCGCCAUCGCAGAUGUCACCAUCGCCUGUGUUCUGACAUGGCAUCUGAAAAAGCAGCGUACGGGCUUCCAAUUUACAGACACGAUGGUGACUAGGAUGAUACAGCUCAUCAUGUCAAACGGUGCUUUGACAGCGGUCUUCGCCGUUUCUGACCUCAUUGCAUAUCUGGCAUCGACGAAAGGCUAUCACUUGAUCUUCAACUACUCGUUGGCCAAGCUAUACGGUAACUCGGCGAUGUCCAGCUUGAAUGCGCGCGCCCUCUUGAAGAACGCAAACAGCACCCCUUCUGGUCAAGCUGAGGCGCACAGGAUGACUGGAGGGAGGACACCCGACAUCGGAAGCUUUGUCAAAAGCAGCGCCGCUCGGCCAACCCAGAUCGUGGUCAAUGUCGAGACCCAUGAGCUAGCGGAUGUCAACGGCCAGGACGCGAAGCUCCGUAUGGAAUGGCAAGACCGCUCCACCGUUAGCGACGCGAAGGGCGACAUGGAUGUCGCCGUCUGAGCGGUGGAUGUAUUUCAUUCUCAGGUUCCGUUCUUUCGGCUCGCCUCGAAGGUUCAGCUUUGUCAUUCGCACGCUGAUGCAUGCCAUUCAUAUCGCUGUGGCAUAGACAUGGAAUGGCCAUGGCGACGUCUCGGACACUCAGUAUUCCGCUAUCUCAUCACUCCAGAAGGAUGGUACCUUCAUUUUGACUCAAUAGAGCAUAUUAAUGACUACGACAAUAAGACGAUACCUACGCAGGCUAAGACGACUGAAGAUAUGCUUCUUAUCAACCCGCUGUAUAGCCGUCUGCGACAACGCUGUCUGUGAUUCCCUUAGAGCAACAUUUGGGCAUAACUGAGGUGAUCAAUUCCGUUGCGUGUGCAGUGUGCCAUGUAUGAUAUAUGAAC